UUUUGUUUCAAGACUACAACAGAAAGGGCUGCAAGGAAGGUGAAAGUUGAAGUCAAAUUUUACGUUGAAAAGCUAAACAGUGGUAGAAACUGUAAAUAGAAACAAAAGUGAUGUCAUUUACAGAACACAUACAAACCCAAAAUAAAACCCCACUCUCACAUGUUCACUACUCUCUCUGCUCCAUCCUCUGCCUCUCCAUUUUCACCGCUCUGUAAUUGAAACAGAGCAAAACCCCCCACCAAAAAAAAGAAGAAAACAAUUCAUAAAUAAUUAAAAAACCCAACAAACAGAGACAAAAAAAAAAUAGAAAAACAUUUAACAUAAUAUAUACACUCGCACAAAAGAAAAAGAAGGAAAAGGAAAAAAAAUAGAAAAGUGAAAUGAAGCAAAGAAUCUGAUCACCUCCAUCUCCUUCUUCUUUCUCUCUCUUCUAAGUCCAAAAAUGGACUUUGUAUGAGAAAGAAAGCCACAAAUCCAAACGCAACCCACAUAAAUAUUUCAAAUCUUUUUAAAGUUUUUCAUGGCAGCUCCUAGUGGGUUAGUCACAGAGCCAACAGCUUCACAGCAGCCACAAGAAGUCUUUCAAUGGCUUAAAAACCUACCAUUAGCACCAGAGUAUCAUCCAACUCUAGCAGAAUUUCAAGAUCCAAUUGCCUACAUUUUCAAAAUUGAAAAAGAAGCUUCUAAGUAUGGUAUUUGCAAAAUCGUCCCUCCAGUUCUUGCAGCUCCUAAAAAAGCUGCAAUUGCUAACCUUAACAGGUCUCUUGCUGCUCGUUCCAGCAGCUCCAAAUCAGCACCCACAUUCACUACCCGUCAGCAGCAGAUCGGGUUUUGCCCGAGAAAGCCCCGGCCAGUGCAGAAACCCGUGUGGCAAAGUGGAGAGAAUUAUACUUUUCAAGAAUUUGAAGCUAAAGCUAAAUCCUUUGAGAAAAGUUAUUUCAAGAAAUGUCCAAAGAAAACAGCCUUUUCGCCUUUAGAAGUUGAAACCCUUUAUUGGAAAGCUACUGUUGAUAAACCUUUCUCUGUAGAGUAUGCAAAUGACAUGCCGGGUUCUGCUUUCUCAGUGAAGAAGAUGAGUGGAGGAAAAGAGAUUAUUGAAGGAGUUACUGUAGGGGAAACUGAGUGGAAUAUGAGAGGAGUGUCAAGGGCAAAAGGGUCAUUGUUGAGGUUUAUGAAGGAGGAGAUACCUGGGGUUACCUCACCUAUGGUUUAUGUUGCUAUGAUGUUUAGUUGGUUUGCUUGGCAUGUUGAGGAUCAUGAUUUACAUAGCUUGAAUUACUUGCAUUUGGGGGCAGGGAAGACUUGGUAUGGUGUGCCUAAAGAGGCUGCCGUUGCGUUUGAGGAGGUGGUAAGAGAUCAUGGGUAUGGAGGAGAGAUAAAUCCACUUGUUACAUUUUCAGUUCUUGGUGAGAAGACCACAGUUAUGUCACCUGAAGUAUUUGUUACUGCUGGUGUACCAUGCUGCAGGUUAGUGCAAAAUGCUGGGGAGUUUGUUGUCACUUUCCCAAGAGCCUAUCAUUCAGGGUUCAGUCAUGGGUUUAAUUGUGGGGAGGCAGCCAAUAUUGCAACUCCUGAAUGGUUGAGGGUUGCUAAAGAUGCUGCUAUUCGAAGAGCUUCAAUUAAUUAUCCUCCAAUGGUGUCUCAUUUCCAGUUACUUUAUGAUCUUGCACUAGAGUUAUGUACAAGAAUGCCUGUGAGCAUUAGUGCUAAACCACGGAGUUCUAGACUAAAAGACAAGCAAAAGGGUGAAGGAGAAACAUUGGUUAAAGAACAAUUUGUCCAGAAUGUAAUUCACAAUAAUGAGCUGCUUCAUAUCCUUGGAAAGGGAUCUUCAGUUGUUCUUCUUCCUCGGAGUUCUUCAGACAUAUCUGUUUGUUCAGAUUUACGUGUUGGGUCGCAGUUAAGAGUGAACCCCUCCCUUGGACUAUGCACUAACAAGGGGAUUAUGAAAUCCUCAAAAAGCUUAGUUCCUGAUGAAACUAUGCCAGAAAGGAACUAUGGGAUCGACCAAUCAAAAGGUACCAUUUCAGUUAAAGAAAAGUUUGCUUCUUUGUGCGAGAGAAAUAGGUUUUCCUCAUUGAACGGAAACGAGAAUAAGCACACCACAAACACUAGAACGGAAAACAAGGGUACUACUCAUGGUGAUAAGUUGUCUGAUCAGAGACUUUUUUCAUGUGUCACUUGUGGAAUUUUGAGCUUUGAUUGCAUUGCUGUCGUUCAACCAACGGAAACAGCUGCUAGAUACCUCAUGUCUGCUGAUUGUAGCUUCUUUAAUGAUUGGAUUGUUGGGUCUGGAGCAACUAAUAAUAGGUUGACCACUACCAAUGGAGACCCAAAUACUUGCCAGCUGGAUCAGCCUACGGGAUGGGUGGAAAACAGUGUUGUGGAUCAUUUAUAUGAUGUUCCUGUUCAGUCUGUUAAUUAUCAGCCUCAAAAGAUAGAUAAAAGUAAAGUGAAUUCCAAUGCUACAAUGCAGGGAGAAUCUUCUGCUCUUGGCCUAUUGGCUUUGAAUUAUGGAAAUUCAUCCGACUCUGAGGAAGACCAGGAUGAACCAGAUGUAUCAGACCAUGCUAUUGACAUGCCAACCUGCUCAUCAGAAAAUAAAUAUAAGUAUCAGAAUUGUGCUUUGCCUUCUUUCAAGCAAGAGUGUCAUCAUGAUGAAACUGUUAGUCACACUCUAUCUUUAGUAACGCUUGAUUGUGGAGAUAAAGUUUCUCUUCAAACUGAUGAUUGCCAUAAAGAACAUGGAGAUAGAGCGGGCAAUUUCAAGGAUGGAACUCCUGAUUGCUUUCUUGACUUUGGAACAGAUAAUAUGGAACCUAAUGGUUCGGAGUGUAGAUUUGGAGAUGCAGUGUCAAUUUCACAUAUAAAUUCAAAUUGUUCCCCAGCUGUCCAUGAUACAGAAAAAAUGAAGUUUAGAAGAGUUGUUCCAAGAGGGAACGGGGAUAUGCCAUUUGCCCAAAGAUCUGAUGAAGAUUCUUCUCGUAUGCACGUCUUCUGUCUUGAGCAUGCUGUAGAAGUGGAACAGCAAUUUCGUUCAAUUGGAGGAGUGCAUAUAUUGCUUCUCUGUCAUCCAGAGUAUCCCAGGCUAGAAGCUGAGGCAAAGUUAGUGUCUGAAGAACUGGGAAUUGACCACCUCUGGAAUGAUAUUGCUUUCAGGGAUGCCACCAAAAAUGACGAGGAGAAUAUCCAAUCUGCCCUGGAUAGUGAGGAAGCAAUACCAGGGAACGGGGACUGGGCUGUAAAGCUGGGGAUCAAUCUUUUUUACAGUGCCAGUCUCAGCCAUUCUUCUCUUUAUAGUAAGCAGAUGCCAUACAAUUCUGUUAUAUACAAAGCUUUUGGUCGUGUUUCUCCAGCUAGCUCUCCCACAAAGUUAAAUGUAUAUGGAAGGAGGUCUGGCAAGCAGAAAAAAGUGGUGGCUGGGAGAUGGUGUGGGAAAGUUUGGAUGUCAAAUCAAGUUCAUAAUUUCCUAUUGAAAAAUGCUUCUGAGGAUCGGGAUCAAGAAGAAGAGCAAGACGGAAGUUUUCAUGGUUGGAAAAUGCUGGAUGAGAAGGUCGAGAGAAAGCUACAAAACUUCUACAAGACUGAAACUGCCUUGGCGGCCGCAAAAUCUGUGAGGAAGAGGAAAUUGACAACGGUGACUAGGCCAAUUAAAAAAGUCAAAUCUCCAGAGACAGAAGCUGCUGCUUCAGAUGAUUUAGAAGAGGAUGUUUCUCAUAAGCAGCACACAAAAGUUUAUAGUAGGAAGCAAACCAAACACAUUGAGAGGGAAGUUUCAUAUGAUUCAUUGGAUAAUUCUCAUCAGCAGCAUGGGAAAACUCAUAGAAUCAAACAGGCAAAAUCUGUUGAGAGAGAUGAUGCAGUUUCAGAUGAUUCAUUGGGAGGUAAUACUCAUCAGCAGCAGCAUAGAAGAAUUCUGAGAAGCAAGCAGGUCAAAUAUAUUGACAGUGAAAAUGAUGUCUCAGAUACUUUAAUAGGGAGCAAUUCCCAAAAGCAACAUAGCAGAAUUCCUAAACCUAGAAGCAAGCAAGUCAAAUAUAUUCGGAGGAAAAGUGAAAUUUCAGAUGAUUCCCUGGAAGGAGAUAUUAAUGAGUGGCACGGGAGGGGUCCUAGAAGCACACAAGCUGGGUUUUAUGGGAGGGAAGUAGCAGUUUCAGAUGAUUCACUUGAGGAGAGUUCUCAUCGGCCACUAGGAACAGUUCGCAGAAGCAAACAAGCUGCAUAUUUUGAGAGUGAAGAUGCACUUUCAGAUGAUUCAGUGGAAAACAGUUCCCUUCAGCAGAAUAGGAGGGUUUCUAGAGGCAGUCUAGCCAAAUAUUUUGAGAGGGAAGACGAAGUUUCAGAUGACAUGCUGGAGGAAAAUACCUUUCAGCAGUGCACAGGAUCUCACAGGAGCAGGAAAAAGAAAUUUGUUGACAGGGAGGGUGAGGUUUCCGAUAACCUACUGGAUGAAAGCACACAGCUGCAGCACAGGAGGAUUUUUAGAAGCAAGCAAGGUAGAUUUGUUGAGAGGGAAGAUGAAGUUUCAGAUGAUUCGUUGGAGGACAAUUCUCAGCAGCAACGAAGAAUUCCUACAAGCAAAAGGGCCAAAUUUGUUGAGAGUGAAGAUGCAGUUUCAGAUGAACUGGAGGAUGAUACUCAUCUUAAGCAUUGGAGAAUUCCUAGAAGCAAGAAGGCUAAAAUUAUGGAGAGGGAAGCUUGCUCAGAUGAUUUGCAGGAGAAUGAUGCUCAAUGGCAGCCUAGGAAGACUCCUAGAGGCAAGCCGGUCAAAUUCAUUGAGAGGGAGGAUGUAUCAGAUGAUCUGGAGGAGGCAACCCAUUGGCAGCAAAGAAAGACCUCUCGACACAAACCGGUCACAUCUUUUGAAAGGGAAGAUGUUUCAGAUGAUCUACAAGAAGAAAAUACACGUUGGCAGCCAAGGAAGACUACUAGAGGCAAGCAAACCAAAUUUUUUGAGAAGGAGGAUGUUUCGGAUGAUCUGCAAGAGGAUGAUACUCGUUGGCACCCAAGCAAGACUCCUAAAAGCAAGCAAGCCAAAUAUGCUGAAUUGGAAGAUGCAGUUUCAGAUGAUUUGCUGGAGGAUAAUUCAACUAAGCAGCACCGGAGGAUUCUAAGAAACAAGCAGAAAUCAGGGACCCUUGGCAAAGUGAAUCGAGAGAGUAUUCAGCAUGUGAAACAAGGGACCGCUCGAGCAAAAAAGAAAGAGAAUUCUAAGUCAAUCAAGAAAGAGAAGGAAGUGAAGCAAGAGAAUCCUGGAUUUCGGAAUAGUAAAAGUGGCAGACUAUUUGAGUCACAUGUUGAAGAGGAGGUGGAAGGUGGCCCUAGCACACGCCUUAGGAAGAGGCCCUCAAAAGCAUCAAAAGAAUCAGAAACAAAGCUAAAGGAGAAGCUGCAAAGCAAUAAGAAAAAAGUGAGGGGCAGUGCUUCAGCAGUCAAGCGGGCGAGUGGCCAGAAAAAUAAUAAGGAUGAGGAUGCAGAAUAUCAGUGUGAUAUUGAGGGGUGCACCAUGAGUUUUGGCUCAAAACAAGAGCUAGCAGUACACAAAAGAAAUAUUUGUCCAGUCAAGGGGUGUGGUAAGACUUUCUUGUCACACAAAUAUUUGGUGCAGCACCGCCGAGUCCACCUGGAUGAUCGCCCCCUUAAGUGUCCCUGGAAGGGCUGCAAGGUGACAUUCAAAUGGGCAUGGGCAAGGACCGAACACAUUCGUGUUCACACAGGUGCCCGUCCUUAUGUGUGUGCCGAGGAAGGCUGUGGGCAGACAUUCAGAUUUGUUUCAGAUUUCAGUCGUCAUAAAAGGAAGACUGGUCAUUCGGUGAAGAAAAGCAGGAAUUGAUUUAGAGAAAAAAAAUGUACUUUUUGUUCUUGUUUAACAUUGCUAGUUGCAACUGUUGCUCAAUUGACAGGGUAGAAAACUAGGUUGAAGGAUAGGGUUAGAAUUCCCCUGUAAUUGUCAUUCAUAUUAACAUUAUUUCUCUGUUAUGAUGGGUCUUAAUUAGCCCCAUUUAUUUACUUGCAAUCUGACCAAUUGCUUGGCUCUUGAAAUA